AAUCAGUUGUAGCCUUAUGUCACGUGACUUUUUUGGCGCGAUCUCGGUUGCAUCGACGUAGUUUGCUUGAUGUGUGCCCGUGUUUUGAGUUUCUUGUGACGAUUAGGUGGUGAAGACAAAAAUAUUUUCUAAAAGACAUGUCUCAGAAGAAGAUAUCAUCGUUCUUCAAGACAUCGACGGCUCCCGCUUCGAAAGUCGCGAAAGAAGAACCACCUCAAGCCGUGAAGAAAGAGCCACCUGAGGCCGUGAAAGAAGAAUCUGAGGCCACUGCCUCACCGUCACCUGAGAAAGAUGUCAACGGUCACGACACCUCACCCGUCAAGGCUCCAACGAGAAGACGCAUUCGCAUGCUCACCGACAGCGAUGAGGAGGAAGAGACGGUCCAGAAGAAAUCGGCUUCGGACAAGAACGACGAGCUGGCCGCUCCGUCGAGCAGCAAGUCUUCACCGCCUGCCAAGACGGAGGAGCCCGUUAUCGUUAAGCGGAGAACAGCUCGCAAGACGGCCAAGCGAAGCCCUGAGCCGAACCGGCUGUCGGCUGAAUCGGGCACCAAACGAGUGAAAACCGAGCCAACUCCAGAGGAAGAGCCAUCAUCUGAACAGGUGUCUUCUCCGCAAGAGAACAAGAAAGUCAAGGCCGAGCCACCUGCAUCGCCUAAACAGGAGGAGAUGGAGACCGACACAAAACCUGAAGCAGAUGAAAAAGUAGAGAUAAAGAAAGAAAAAGAAGAGAAGGAGGAAAUAGAGAAGAAGGAAAAAGCAGAUGACAAAAAAACUACGAAAGCCUCGCCUCCAAAGAAGAAGGAAGUCAAGGAAGAGAAACCAUCCGCAAAGUCUAAGUCGUCUUCACCAAAGGACGAGAAAGCCAAAGAAAAACCGAAGGCCGAGAAGAAGCUCCAAAACUUCGCCUUCACCACGUCUGGAAAGUCGGACAAGUCGUCUGCUGCCAGCCAGGUGUGCGACUACAACCCUGACAAGGCCAACUACGAUCCCGUCGAAGACGCCUGCUGGAAGAAGGGUGCCAAGGUUCCCUACCUCGCACUUGCCAUCACCUUGGACAAGAUCGACGGCAUCUCGGGCAGACUUCGUAUCAUCGAGGUGUUGAGCAACUUCCUCCGCUCAGUGCUCAUCCUCUCGCCCGACGACCUGCUGAGCGCUGUCUACCUCUGCCUCAACAAGAUUGCGCCCGACUACCAAGGCCUUGAGCUUGGCAUCGGCGAAUCGCUGCUGGUCAAGGCGCUCGCCGAGGCCACGGGCCGCACCCCGGACAAAGUGAGAGCCGAAGCCGCAGCCAAAGGCGACCUGGGCCUGGUGGCAGAGAGCAGCCGCAGCCAACAACGAGUGCUGUUCCCUCCGCCGCCGCUGAUGCUGUCGCACGUGUUUACGAAGUUGCGUGCGAUUGCAGAAAUGACGGGAAACUCGGUGCAGCAGAAGAAGGUCGACAUAAUCAAGGUCCUUCUCGUCGCCUGCCGCCAGUGCGAGGCACGGUUCCUCGUGCGCUCGCUCGGUGGCAAACUGCGCAUCGGUCUAGCCGAGGCUUCGCUGCUGACUGCACUGGCCCACGCGGCUGCCCUCUCGCCACCUCACGGUGACCCAAAAGCAUCUAAGAAGCGGCUUGAAGAAGCUGCCUUGCUCCUCAAGACGGCUUAUUGCGAGUGUCCCGACUACGAACGCAUCAUCAACGCCCUGCUCGAAGAGGGCGUCGACUCGCUCCCCAAACGUUGCCGGCUCAGUCCCGGCAUCCCAUUGAAGCCCAUGUUGGCCCACCCGACCAAGGCCAUCAGGGUGCUCAACCGAUUCGAAGGGUCGGCAUUCACGUGCGAGUUCAAGUACGACGGCGAGCGUGCUCAGAUCCACCUCUUGGAAGACGGAAGCGUACGAAUCUACAGCCGCAACCAGGAGGACAACACGGGCAAGUAUCCCGAGGUGGUGUCACGCAUUCGAGCGGCCAUCUCGCCCGACACCAAGACCUGCAUCUUGGACAGCGAGGCCGUCGCCUGGGACCGCCCCUCCCAGACCAUCCUGCCAUUCCAGACGUUGAGCACUCGCAAGCGAAAGGAGACGACCGAGGAAGAGGUCAAGGUGCAGGUGUGCGUCUUCGCUUUCGACCUCCUCUACCACAACGGCGAGUCGUUGGUCAAGGAGCCCCUGCGGAAACGGAGGGAACUUCUCCGCAAGACCCUCGUCGAGGUGCCCGGCGAGACGCAGCUGGCACGGUCGGCCGACCUGUCGAGUGAGGACAUUCAGGAGUUCCUUCAAGAGUCCAUCAAAGGCAGCUGCGAGGGUCUCAUGGUCAAGUCCUUGGACACUGGGGCCACGUAUGAAAUCGCCAAGCGCUCCCACAACUGGCUCAAGUUGAAGAAGGACUACCUAGAUGGCGUCGGUGACAGUGUGGAUGCGGUGGUGCUCGGUGGCUACCAUGGCAAGGGAAAGCGCACGGGCACGUUUGGCUGCUUCCUGCUCGGCUGCUACGACCCCGACAAUGAGGAGUUCCAGACGCUUUGCAAGAUUGGCACCGGGUUCAGCGAGGAGCAACUGGACCAGCAUUCGGCCUUUUUCAAGGAGCACGUAAUCCCAGCACCCAAGUCGUACUACCGGUUCGACAACAGCCUUGCGCCAGACGCGUGGUUCGAGCCCUGUCAGGUGUGGGAGAUCAAGAGUGCCGACCUCUCCGUCUCGCCCGUUCACAAGGCGGCCCUUGGAUUGGUUGAUCCCGAGAAGGGCAUUUCCCUGCGGUUUCCCCGGUUCAUUAGGAUACGAGACGACAAGAAUCCUGAGGAUGCCACUUCUGCCCAACAGGUUGCAGACUUGUAUAACAAGCAGGACCACAUCAAGAACAAAAAGGCAGCUGUCCAAGAAACCGCUGCCGACGAAGAUUUUUAUUAAGUGCAUUUUUUAUCUGUUCGUG